GCAAAACACACAUCCCUUUCCUGUGCGAGACAUCAGUGAAGACACAUUGCAUUUGAGACUAAACUCUUCGCCAGUGUUUCCGAUGGCAGACAAAGAGCCCAAAAAGAAGACAAAGUCGGCGCCCGCGGCCGCACCCGUCGCCGCAGAACCCGUGAAGAAGGUUAAGAAGUCCAGCCGAAGAGGAAAGUUCAAUACAGCCACUCCUGGCAGACUGUACGUGAAGGCAAUCUUCACCGGUUAUAAGCGUUCGCUUCGUAAUCAACGCGAAAACACAGCACUUCUUCGGCUCGAAGGCGUCAACAGACAGUCGGAGACCGACUUCUAUUUGGGUAAACGAGUCGCUUAUGUCUACAAAGGCAAGAGUAAGAGCCGAAUCCCGCGCCGCGACGGCAAGACCAGCAAAUUGCGGGUCAUUUGGGGUAAAGUGACCCGAAGUCACGGCAACUCCGGCGCCGUCAGAGCCAAGUUUGCCCGAAAUCUGCCGGCGCUGGCCAUCGGUCGCAGAGUUCGCGUAAUGUUAUAUCCGUCGAGAAUAUAAUCCACACAUUGUUUUGAAUAAAUUUUUUGAAUUAAAACAACAUUUAAUUAAAUAAAUUAAAAGAAA